CUUUUUGUAGUUUAAUUGCAGAUAGCUGCUUCCUCCUCAUUGUCCGUGACUGCUAUAUUCUAGACUGAGGAAACAAUGGGAGCUGGAGGCCGUGUGGCUACUGCACCUGGAGCGCAACAGAAGCCUCUUUCAAGGUCUCCACACUCAAAACCACCCUUCACUGUUGGUGAACUCAAGAAAGCCAUUCCCCCACAUUGCUUCCAGCGUUCCCUCUUCUGCUCAUUCUCCUAUGUUGCUCAUGACCUUUUCUUGGCCUAUAUUUUCUAUACUGCCACUACUUACUUCCAUCUCCUUCCUCACUCAAUUCCCUACCUUCUCUGGCCCAUCUAUUGGGCUCUCCAAGGCUGCACUCUCACUGGUGUAUGGGUGAUUGCCCAUGAGUGUGGUCACCAUGCCUUCAGUGACUACCAAUGGCUUGAUGAUUUGGUAGGUCUAAUCCUCCAUUCUGCUCUUCUAGUCCCAUACUUCUCAUGGAAGAUUAGUCAUCGCCGCCACCACUCCAACACAGGCUCCCUCGAGCGUGAUGAAGUGUUUGUCCCAAAACCCAAGUCCAAAAUCCCAUGGUACGGCAAAUACCUAAACAACCCACUGGGAAGGGCUCUCACUCUCCUCCUUACACUCACCCUUGGGUGGCCUUUGUACUUGGCCUUCAAUGUUUCUGGCAGACCCUAUGACCGUUUCGCAAGCCACUACAAUCCAUAUGCCCCCAUCUAUUCCAACCGUGAGAGGCUGCUAAUAUACCUCUCUGACGCUUGUGUGCUUGGUGUAACCUAUGCGCUUUAUCACAUUGCCAGCGUGAAAGGAGUAGCUUGGCUUGUCUGUGUUUAUGGGGUGCCAUUGCUGAUUGUUAAUGGCUUCCUGGUGACAAUCACUUAUUUGCAGCACACAAACUCUGCAUUGCCACACUACGACUCAUCUGAAUGGGACUGGCUGAGAGGAGCAUUAGCAACAGUGGAUAGAGACUAUGGGAUACUGAACAAGGUGUUUCAUCACAUAACAGACACUCAUGUGACCCACCAUCUCUUCUCCACAAUGCCUCACUACCAUGCAAUGGAAGCAACAAAAGCAGUGAAGCCUAUACUGGGAGAGUACUACCAGUUCGACGGCACUCCCUUUUACAAGGCCUUGUGGAGGGAAGCAAGAGAGUGCGUCUGUGUGGAACCUGACGAAGCAGCAUCUCAGAAGGGUGUUUAUUGGUACCGGAGCAAAUUUUGAUCAAAACAUACAUAGAAUAUGUUUGUCUGCACGGGUUUAUCCAAGGGAAAAAAUGAAAAAAUAAAAAGAAAAGAAAAGAAAAAGACAAUGACGAGAACCUUUCUCGGCCUUGUUGGGCAGGGUAGGAUGAAGUAAAUGUUUGGUAUGACUAAGAAUUAAGUGCUUUUCUUCCCUUUCCUCUUCUUCCGGCAAUGUUAAUAAAACAAGGAAAAUAACAAGUGCCAGCGGGUUUGGUGCGUGAUGAACUCUGUCCAAACGACUGUUUGAGGUUUCGUCUCUCAAAUG